GGGCGCAUAAGGAAAUCAUCAUGGGACAAGCACAGGACAAGUUUGUGGACGAACAAAAUGACGAAGGUUCACAAGAUUCUUCUACUGUGGAAAACUCAGUGGUUACUGAAGCAACAAUUACUGUUGUUGCAUCGGAGUCCCAGGCUCACCAUGAUAAUGGUUUCUUACCGCUCUCCACGAAAGACUCACAAAUAAAAGGAAAUGGUCCAAACUCUCUAUUCAACGACACCGAUCCCGGUGAAAUUCCAAAUGAAAAAGUAAAGACCUUCACUUCAGAUGGAAAUGGUCACAUGGAUCUCACGGAGAAGAGUGACAACUACACGAUACGACUAACCACCUCCACGAUAGAUUAUACGAACAACUCACUUGCAAGUUCGCUUGCAAGUUUGUCAGUUCGUGACUCUUCGUCUUCCGAUUGCAUACCCACAGCAUCUGUUGUACAAGCUACAACUGUAAAGAACAUUGUUAAGGAGACUAAUAACGAAAUGUCUAAAAAUUGUGAAGAGAAUUUUAAUACAUGUGUGGAAGAGGCGUCGAUAAAUACCGGGAAAAACGAAUUAGUCCGUAAAAAGACGUCAAAAGAAAUAAAAUCAACUCUAGCUGAUGAAGCUGAAUACACGAUACCAGCUGCCAUUGCCGAAGAUGUUUUAAGAGAAAUGUUAGCAAAUAAGCCCAGUCAGGAUUUACUUGAAGAAUUGGAACCAACACCCGUGAUCACAAACGGAAAGGGUGAAAAUUCGUCAUCUAAAUUCACGGUUAACCAUGAAAAAAAUGGUGAGUCUUCUGAAACGAGUAAAAGUAGUAUAAAAAAAAACAAUUUGUUAAUCUCGUCUGGCACGACAGAUUCCCCAUUCCCAUCAAAAUUUACAUUCCCCAACAUUGCGGACAAAAAUUUCUUUCUACCGAACUUUUCAAAUACAACCACAUCAUCUCCCUCAUUCCCUUUUGGAAAUUCCUCUGAGUUAUCGUUACAAAAUCCUUUUCAAAGUCCAUCCAUUUCUUCUCCCAAUGCACCAGCAAAUUCACCGAAUCCCAAAGAUCAAAGACGCGUGACUUCUCAAUGGCACCCUCCAGUACUCGACAAGUUUUCCCCUCAGCUCUCAUCGAAAACACCCAUAACAAUGCCGUCCAGUUCGAUAUGGCCUCCGUCGAUAAAUACUACAUCUCCGACCGAUACCCAAUUUUCGAAUUCUAAUUUAUUAUUCCCACAGUUUACGGGCUCUUUCAAGUUCGAUAUGAAUUCUAAGGCAGCAGUAUCUGGGCCUCAAUCAUCGAAUCUACCACCGCCACCAUUGGUUCGCCCAUCCACACCACCUUUUACAACAACCCCACCAUUAAGUCCACCAGUAAAGACGUUACCGGUUUCACCACCUACUUCCACAGUGAAGAAAGGAGUGCAUUCUAAUGUUGGUGCAAGUAGAACGACAACUUUUACUUCGACAUUGCAAACUUCGCCAUCAAGAGGAUUUGCUCACAAUGCUACCAACACAUUUCCUUUUUUCCGACCGAUUCGGAAAUUACCAUCAAGAGCCAAAUCUAGGCUCUCGCAAAAUGGAAAUCCUAAUGGUAGUAAUAAUAGUAAUAACAAUAGUUUGGUUAGUAGUGAAAUUAACAGUAGCGUUAGAUUCAACGGAAAAAAUGAAAUUAUUGUAAACACACCGUCGGUUCAACCUUUGCAAAUGAUUCCACCGUCUCCUUUAUUCUCUUUUACGACACCUACGAAUUCAGAAGAAGAAGAAGAUUUUGAUGCCGAAGAGGAAGACGGUGGUAACGAUAAUAACCAUUGCGAUUGGUUGGACAAUGCGAAUAAUAAAAAGAAAAGAAAAGCUUUGCAAACUGUGGGAGGAAGUUCAACGACGAGUAGCGGUGUUGGAGGAGUAAUCAAAACCUCAACCGCAAAGGAACGAACAAAUCCACUUAGGAGAGUGGAAAGGCGCUUAACACAGCGUAGCAACAGCAUAAUGAACAAGGUAUCGUCAAGUGGUGAUACGGUGUCUCAAUUUGACAAGGUAUUCAAUAAAGAAACAAACAGCAUGCGUCCUCCGCAAACGACAUUUGAUUUUUCAUUUAAAUCAAUUCCUGAGAAAUCUGCUGCAUUAGCUGCAAGUGUAAAUGCUGCUAGUGCAAAAAGAUUGGCAGCUGUAUCACCGAUUCAAACAAUGAACGCUAAGAACGAUCCAUUCUCAUCAUCAUUAUUCUUACAACAAACACCAACUGUGACAACCGUUCCCACAUCUAGUGCUUCGAAAAAGAAAGCAUCGACGAAACGUGCAGCUCCAUCUUCUGUAGCAUUUAAAAAUGAUGAUAUAGCAACCAAUCAUAACCAUAUACGUCCUCAACCAAUCAAUAAUAGUAAUAUUCCUCGGCGCAAGAUUAGAUUUCCAGAAAAAAGUGGAGAUUGGAUUUGCAUGUUUUGCGAAUAUCGGUUGUAUUAUGGUGAAGGAAAGCGGCGGAGACGACCUAAAACAAAUAUCGGGAAUGUAAAUGGUGGUGAGGGUGGAAGUAACAAUACAGGCGAAGGGGGAAAUGGUCUUGACAAAGCUAUUGCAACCUAA